GUUGUUGAAUUUGGAUUUUGGAGGGGACUCUCUGGUGGACGGUCAGUUUGUGGGUGACUAAGGGUGAAGAUGAAGGACUGGGUGCAUGGAGUCGGUGUCGACAGAGGAUCAGCAUGUCAGGGUCCCAGCCCUGGAGCCAUUCCUGGUGGAGCAGGCACCACCUGUAAUCUACUACGUCCCUGACUUCAUCUCCGAGGAAGAGGAGGAGUAUUUGCUUCGGCAGGUCUUCAACGCCCCCAAGCCAAAGUGGACCCAGCUCUCUGGGAGGAAGUUACAGAAUUGGGGUGGACUCCCCCAUCCCCGGGGGAUGGUUCCAGAACGGCUGCCCCUGUGGCUCCAGCGCUAUGUGGACAAAGUAUCUGACCUCAGCCUUUUUGGGGGCUCCCCUGCCAACCACGUCCUUGUGAACCAGUAUCUGCCUGGGGAGGGCAUCAUGCCACAUGAGGACGGGCCACUCUACUACCCAACUGUCAGCACCAUCAGCCUAGGUUCCCACACCAUGCUGGAUCUCUACCAACCCCGCCAGCCAAAGGAUGAUGAGCCCACAGAAGAGCCCCGGCCCCCACCCAGGCCGGCCACAUCUCUGCUGCUGGAGCCUCGAAGCCUGCUGGUGCUUCGAGGCCCCGCCUACACGAGCCUCCUCCAUGGUAUUGCGCCUGCCAGUGUAGACGAGCUGGACCCCACCUCCCUGCCGCCCAAUGCUGCUGCCUGCCGCUCCGCGAGUCCCGGAACACGCCUAGUGCGGGGUACUCGGGUCUCGCUGACCAUCCGCCGGGUGCCCCGCGUGCUGCGCGCCGGUCUCCUGCUCGGCAAGUGACGCCAAGCCUGUUGCCUGGCCCAGAAUCCCGGCCUCUGCGACCCUGUGCCCUGCGCAGCCUGCACAAAGGAGCCACUUCUGGGUUAUUUCUGUUCCUAAUCACCGUGUGGGAAUGCCAAGAAAUCACGCCAUGAAAUCGCCAAGUUUCAAAUAAAACAACAAAAAGCACU